AUGAAUGAUUCAGAUGAUGAAUAUGUGUCCGGUACUGGUGGUGAGACUAAAUCGCCAUCUUCGCGUUUAUCAUCAACUACUCCGGGUUCUGCGUCAGGCCUUAAAGAUGGUAUCUCUGCAAGAACAAGGUCCAGAGGAGGCGAAAUCAGUGAUUUGAAGAAAGCAAACGGGUAUGCAUGGGAAGACGAGUACCAAAGAUCAUGGGAUAUUGUCAAAGACGAUGAAUGGGGAAAUGGAUCAUUUGAAGCAAUGGUGCAGUCCAUUAUUGAAAACAGAAAAAAGAAAAUCAUGAAAAAUCCUAGUGUUCCAUAUCAAAGAGGAAUCAUUAGAACAUUGGUUAUAGCUAUUGACGGCUCCCAGGCUAUGGCUGAGAAAGAUCUUAGACCAACUAGACUCUCAAUGACUCUUAACUAUUUACAAGAGUUUGUGGUGGAGUUUUUUGAUCAAAAUCCAAUAUCCCAAAUUGGAAUUGUACUAAUGAGAAAUGGUGUUGCAAAUUUAGUUAGUGAAGUAAGUGGACUGCCGCAAUACCAUAUAGACAAGCUUAGGCAAUUGAAAGCACGACAGCAUAAUAAGUUUGAGCCAAAGGGAGACCCUUCUUUGCAGAAUACUUUGGAAAUGGCACGCUCGUUGCUAAAAUUUAACUUUGGAACAUCGUCAAAUAAUACGAAAAACUCCAAAGAAAUACUUGUUGUGUUAGGCUCUUUGUUCACUAGUGACCCGGGAAACAUUCAUAAGACCAUAGAAGGGCUCGUCAAAGACGAAAUCAAAGUAAGAGUCAUUGGGCUCUCAGCACAAGUUGCUAUUUGCCAAGAACUAGUCAAUAGAACAAAUCACGAGCCAAAGAAUACAAUGUCGAAGAAUUACGGUGUCAUCAUGAAUGAAUAUCAUUUCAAAGAACUACUUAUGGAUUGUGUCACGCCGCUACCAUUGACAGAAGAGUUCCGUAAACCAACAGAGUCAACAAACCAAGGAGGCACUGCUGGGGUUCCAGUAAUUAAAAUGGGGUUCCCUUCGAAAGCUCAGCCUAAUGUAACGUCGGCUAUAGGCAAUACUGAGUUUACAGUGGAGUUCCCCAAUCUCAAUGCUUCCUAUCCGACGCAGGGCUCUGCGGAGUCUAAAGACGUUAUUGAAGUGAGUAACAACAGUUUGCGACAAUCAGCUAGCUUGAUAAUUGGUUAUCGUUGUCCACAAUGCAAGAGCAAGGUUUGCAAUUUACCUACAAUCUGUCCCGUUUGUGGUUUGAUGCUUAUUUUAUCAACACAUUUGGCACGAUCGUACCACCACUUGGUUCCCUUGGCUCCUUAUGUAGAGGUGGAAGUUAAAAGUGCUUACGACAGUGAAGAGUGUUAUGGUUGUCAGCUCCGGUUCCCCAAAGGUGUAGACCUUAAAGUAGAAAAGAAGAGUUUGGAUUCAAUGAUAAGCUCGCGGUAUAAAUGUCCAAAAUGCAAAAAAGAUUUUUGCAUAAACUGUGAUGUUUUCGUCCAUGAAGUAUUACACAACUGUCCUGGUUGUGAAAAUGGGAUUUAA